CGCGUCGCUUUAAACUGGACUAGAGAGACCACGUAUACUGUUACGAACAGGGUCACGUAUGUAUGAUGUAGUUGUUCUUUAUCGCGGCAUCCGUUAACGCGAGUGCCGUAACCUCUCAUUCUUUCGUGGCAUUACGAUUGUGACCAAAACUCCAAAUAUUUUCCAUUAUGUCGCUGGACGAAAAAUUUAAUGACGCAGCCGUAGCGAUAAAGGAAUUGGCUGCGCAACCUGAAGAUGAAGAUUUGCUCGAGUUGUACGCCUUGUACAAGCAAUCCAUUAUCGGCGAUUGUAAUACGGAGAGACCGGGUAUGUUGGAUUUUAAAGGAAAAGCGAAAUGGGACGCUUGGAACGGUAAAAAGGGUAUGGGACAAGAAACGGCAAAAGAGCAAUACAUCGCUAAAGUGGAGGAAUUAAUCGCAUCGAUCGGAAAGAAAUAGUUCAUUUGUUUUACGCAUGCACGUGUAAAUAAUUUAUGCGUGAUUUCGUCUAAUCAAUCGCUUACAAAACUUUUUCGAUGAGAGACACUAGGAAUUGUAAACACAUGUGAAUGGUCAUGUACUGUGAUAUGGUACAAAAUAUUGAUUUUCUAUUUUAGUUAGCAAUUUACACGAACAUGCACUUUUUUGUUCUGUCCGUUUGUGUGAAUUUUGUAUUCAAUUAUUUUUUUGCAAUCAGGAUAAAACUACUUGUUGCAUA